CGUAAGCAAACGACACCGAGAUGUUCAUGAUCAUUCAGAAGGAUUCUUCCGCCGGAGGAGGCGUUACAGAAGGGAUGAGCACGCCGCAGGAGAAAACUGCAAAACAGGUAAAAGCAGCGAUCAGUAAGAAGGUCCAGAAACAGCAGAAUAAGCAGAGGAGGCGGUCCAGUGAGCAGAGUGGAGUCUCUGAGGUCUCAGCGGCUGGAGUCAAGCCCCCCCAUGGUAUGAGGUACAGACAGAACUCCACCCCCUUCCCCGUGACAGCGAGAGACAAAGAGAGGGGUACAGGGGACGAAGAGGAGGAUCUGGAUGUGGAGGACAAGGUGGCAGAUAUGAUGAGGUCGGGUGGUCAGAAGCAGCAAGAGAAGGAGCCGAUAGACCUGCUGCCUAUAAUGGACCCAGCUUUCGGACCGGACAGGGACCUACGACCUGAGGAGAUUGAAGAGCUCCGCGAGGCGUUUCUGGAGUUUGAUAAGAAGAAGAAUGGCUACAUCAGCUACAAGGACCUGGGAGAGUGCAUGAGGACCAUGGGCUACAUGCCCACAGAGAUGGAGCUCAUCGAGCUGGGCCAGUCCAUCUGUGGGGGCAAACUAGACUUUGAGGACUUUGUGGAGCUGAUGGGCCCAAAGAUGCUGGCAGAGACAGCAGAUAUGAUCGGAGUGAAAGAACUGAGAGACGCAUUCAAGGAGUUCGAUACUAACGGUGAUGGUCAGAUCAGUAUAAUGGAGCUUAGGGAGGCCAUGAAGAAACUGAUGGGAGAACAGCUGACAAACAGAGAGAUUGAUGAGAUCCUCCGGGACGUGGACCUCAACGGGGAUGGACGGGUCAACUUUGAAGAAUUUGUUCGAAUGAUGUCACGCUGAGAUAAACAGAUGGAGUCGUUGUGUAACAACUGGAAAAGGGACCACUACAUUUGUAGUGAACAUUCUUGCACCAUGCUAAUGACUGAGCAUCGAUUUUAUAACGUUAUUUUUGUUAAGCAACACUUAUAACGUUCAUUUUGUUAAGCAGCACUUAUAACGUUAAUUUUGUUAAGCAGCACUUAAAACGUUAUUUUUGUUAAGCAGCACUUACAACGCUAAUUUUGUUAAGCAGCACUUACAACGUUAAUUUUGUUAAGCAGCACUUACAGUAAAUUGAGUGAACUAAGGUAGUUCUACAAAUCUUAUAACUCAAGAUGUGACAAAAGUGUGUAAAGGGAACAGGAUUCAGAUAUUACAUAAUUGUUUUAGCACUAUCCACUCGGUAGUGGUGCGUGGGUAAAAUCACCGGGGAAGCCAAGCCAGGGGAAAAAAAGCCAUAUUACAACCUAUGUGUUGUGAUAAUUGCGUUGGUUGCUCUAUAACCUGUUAGUUAUAUGGCUUCCCACCAUGAUAUAUAGGCCUAAGUCCAAGACAAUAUAGGCCUAAGGCCAGUGAAGUCCACAAAGCAUUUUGCAUGUAACAAACAGUUACAUUACCUACACCAUGGUUAAGCAAGUUAAUGUUUCCAACAUUUUCGGACCAUUAAACAACUAUUGAUUUAGAACCACAGAGAGUUACUGCAAGUUGAAAAGAAAACAGGAGCUGCCUCCACUAAACAGGAGCUGCCUCCACUAAACAGGAGCUGCCUCCACUAAACAGGAGCUGCCUCCACUCCACAGCACCAUUUCACCUUCAACAUUUCGACAUCAUCAUCAAAUAACCUCUGCUUAGUCUAAUACAGUGACCACUAAAAGAUACCAAAACAAUUUAGUCCAAUCAACGUAAGCUAAAUAUGAUGUGGCUCUGAUUUGUGUGUGUGUGUGUGUGUGUUCGCGCAAGUAGAAAAACCAUGUAGACUCGCCCUACUUGUAGAGAAACGCCAAUGACACUCUCCUCUUUGUAAUGUUGCCUAAACGGUCUAUGACUCUGACAUACAGUACACGCUUUUAGUUUUUGUUGUCCUAGGCUACCUGGCUACAAUUCUUGCUCGCUAGCCUAACAUCCUUUCAUAGGCAACGAUGCGCCAGGUCAGCUAGUUAACAUUAGCCUACUACAUCUAGCUACAUAUUGAACUUCCUAUCAGACCAGGGGCACAAUGUCUGAACUUAUGGUUGGAUCAGAAUCACUGUUAUAAUCAUUUUUUGGCACACCAGGACCAUUCACAGUUGAGCUCGUUUAUCUCAAAGCUGAUUGGCUAUAAUUUAUUUUAAAACAUGUAUCAAGGGAGGCCAAAUGCUUGCUGGCUUCCCCUGCGUUCAACGCUACAGGCGGCAACAAUGUCAUACUCUUUUUGAUCAGACAGCAUCAGAUUGAGGGAAAUUAUGAAACAGAGAGACAAAAGACGUAAAAAUGUUUUUAUUGGUAAGUGUUUUGGGGAAGCCUGGCUUCCCUUGGCAUCCAUGAGUACACAUCACUCUAUCAAGAGAGUUUUUUUAACUACCGCUCUUAAUAUGGUUCAAUUAAUCAAUAAAUCAGCACAAUUUUGGGGGUUUUCAAAUUGCCGAUGUCUUGAUGCAAAGAUUGAGAUCAUGUAUAGUAUGCUCUGCUCACAACAAAAAUUACAGAGAGCAAUGUACAAUACGGCAAAUGUAGCAAAAUGAGGAACGUGUGGUACUGUAAGUGCAUGGGGGCCGCCAUCUUUAUACACCUCCGCUAUAGGAAUGAACAUUGUUUUGUUGUAACAUAUCAAAAUCCUAAUGCAUGGCUGUCAUUAUUAUAUCUUAUCUUUUUUAAGUUUUUUGUUUUUUUUAAGUGAAAGUUUUUACUCUGUUUGUAUGUGUGUUCAAGGGUUUAACCUUGUUUGUAAAAUGUGAUGGGUUUUUUUUCAAAUAAAAAAAUACUCUGUGUUUUUUCUA